AAAGAGUAAACCAUACAAUUAGAUAUACAGCAACAAACAAACAUGAAAGACGUGAAAGACUUUUUUAAUUCAAUGCAUUAUGAAGUUAACCCCAAAAAGGAUGCCGAAAUCCUUGGAAGAUUGAUAUCCAACCCUCAAAUUAAGAAGCAUCUUGUCCAAAGAACUGUAUGCAUUGCAGUUGCUCUCUUCUUGUGGAUUUACAUAAAUGGAGGCCUGGUACCAAGAUUUAUGCAGAGCAAGAUGGGUAUGCUACAGAUUGGUAAUGAUGCAGAUAUUAUAGCAUUCUUCCCAGAGUCUGAUGAUGAUGGUGCAAACAUCAAGUGGGCUCGUGGUGUUAAUUCCUUGGAGAAAUUGGAACGAGCCCUCUAUAGUAAGGAUGUACACAUGGUUGAGGCUGAUAUAAUGUUACGGGGUCAAGGGACAAAAACACAAGAGCUCACACCUGUGAUGGCCCAGUUUCCAGACACUGACGGUGAAGUCACAUUUGAUAUCUGGCUGGAUGCGGUUAUAAAGGCUAACACUAAAGGAAUAAAGCUGGACUUUCAAGCAAUGGAUGCUGUUGAGCUAACAUUACAGAAACUGAAAAAUAGGAAGGAAGAGUUGAAAGUACCAGUUUGGAUUCAUGCCAAUGUACUUCAGGGUCCAUGGGGAGGUGUGCCUAAAGUUGACCCAAUCAGGUUUGUCAAGGUCAUUCGUAAGAUGUUUAAAGAAUGCACAAUAUCUCUCGGAUGGACAACAGGGCACCAUACAGAUCUGAGUCAGAGUGGAUACACCUGGGACAUGGUCCUAGACAUGUACCAUGUUGUUUAUAAGUUGGAACUCGAACCACCAAUAGUAUAUGAAGCAAGAGCCUCAUUCAUACAAAACUCUGUCCCACAGCUUAAAUGGUUAGUUGACAACACACGGGCCUCUCUUUUAGUAUUUCAGGAUCCCAAGGACAUUGAGGAUAAUUACCAUGAGAAUUUGAUGUACGUAAGUUACAAAUUCCCACCUCAUAAAGCAUUCUUUGAUCUAACAAGUGAACAGCUGGAAUAUUACUUGAGGGAGAAUAGGCACAGGUCUGGUCAGAAACUUGACGCUAGAGUUGAGAUGAGGGACACAUUGAUAUUCAGACCAGAAGCAUGGGUCAAGAUGGGAUUUCAUAUGGAGGCUCAUUCUAUAUUACCUAGUACUGAGGCUAUUGUACUACAAAGUCGAGCAGUGUACAUGGUCACCAAGGCUAAAUACAAGCCCACUGAUAACAUCAAACUGCAGGGACGUGUGCAAUUCUUGAAUCGUAAAAAUCUCCAGCCGGAGGACGGACGGACAGGUUUGAGCAUUAUAGUACGUUCAAACUCAUACAUGGACUUUGAAAACAUUAAAGGUAUAAAAUGUUUCAUUGGACUUGAUGGUGAAAUCGUUGUGGAGAGCAGUAAUUUGCCAGGGAAAGGCUUUAAAGAGAGUCAGCGAAUGACGCCGGGGUCAGCGAACUGCUACAGGUUUAGUGUGGUUGAUACAGGUAGAGAAGUUCUCUUCACUGUGACAGUAUUACACGACUGUUUCACUCUUGAGAGUGUGAAACCUAGCGAGAGGAUUGCUGCCCAGAUGAGAGUGGCCAUUCCCGCUGAAGUGGGUGGGGUAGCAGUAGAACACCCAUUUAUUGUUAAACUGGAAGACAGUAAGAGGACUGCUAUUAUUGAUGAGUUGACUGUUAAAUACAAAACGUAGUGAAUUAUAAAUUAGUAGACCUCUUUUAAAGAAUAAUUGUAACUUUUUUCAUCAUUCCAUAUUUAUAUUUUCAAAUGAUUUACAUGUAUAUUCAUACUGUUUUUCCCACUUUAAUCAAUAUUUUCUGAGGUAUUACUCCUUGUUUGUUAUAGUGAACUUAUUCUUAGAUUUAUUUCUCAAAAAUAAUGUAUUUAUAUAGAUAGAAUCAAAUAUGUGUCUAGUAGUUCUGAAUAUCUGAGAUCUGAGGUAAUUAGUAUCGUGCACAACAAGGUGAUAAAUACUGUCAAAUCAUGUCAUGACUUAUUUUUCAUUUUAUAUGUCAAACUUAGAAUUUCUGUUUUCACAUCAAAUCAUUUUAUUAACAAGAAUGAAUGCUUACACCAGAAUUAAAUGUUUACAAAUGUGCCCAAUUCUGUUAAGUACAUAUAAGUAUAUUGUAUGAAUGCCUAUUUUUCGAAUGAUUGGGACAGCUGAAUUUUAAGCCUUAACUGCUGAAUGUUUGUAAUGGAUUUGCCUUGCUUUGAAUUUGAAACAAAUUUAAUGGGAUUUCGGUGUUUCAAUACAAAAAACUGAGCUGUCAAUAGAAUAAAGCCCGGUCAGACUGCACAGACAUGCAUGCUGGUCUGGCUCUAUCCUGGUGGCUUAUUACUUUUCAUUCCAGCAGGUCAAAUUGUUAACGUAACAAUUUUGUUCUAUACAACACAGUUUGGUAUAAAAAUCUGACACUCUAAUCAAAUUUAUUCCUAGUCAGUGAAUGACACUAUGUAUUGCUAAUUGUAUUAUAGCAUCAUCUUAUUAGAAAUUCUACAGCUUAAAGGAAAAGUCAUGGUCAGUUUUUAAAGUGCAUUAAUAAUAAUUCCAUAAAUCAGUGUUUUAUAAUUGUAUUACGGCAAUAAAUGAGUUUUUUGAAUUUGUGCAUUUUACAUGACUAAGUCUAGUAGUUUUUAGCAUUUUUUUUGUCUUCUUAACAUGUUAUACUAGUUGUUGAAUGUAUUAUAUAAUGCAUGUUUACAUACUGCAUAAUCAGAAUUGCUUUUGAAGAAUGCUACAAGGUUUUAUUUACAUUAUGGAAUAACUUACCUUUGGUUUAUGAGUAAUUGCAUAUUUACUAGUAUUAGUUUAGUGUCUGAAUUUACAGGUAUUGUAAUACUUUUAAGUGGUUUGCUUGUUGAUUAUUUCAUUAUGUUGGCUUAUAUUUGUUAUGAAGUGAAAAAGAGCAUACUUUAAUUAUAAUACAUGGAUUGAUUUUUAGAAGGUUAGAAUACAAAGAGAUCAAGAUAGGAUUUUAGGAUGGUGCUGUCCAUGUCAUUGUUGUUAUGGCAUCUGCCCACUUCGCUCAAUAAGUAUUUGGUCACUUAUAGAGAAAUUGGAAAUUACUAGUUAGUUACCCAGUAAAACUAGUGAGAAAGAGGUGUUAAAAUUGGCGUUAAAAAAAACAAACAGAAAAACAAACUAUUGUCAAGUUUUAGUUACUUAAGCAAUACUAUAUAAGAUUAACAGCCAUUACACCAAGUGUCUGUGUGACUUUAUUAUAGAAAGUUCUCAAUUCAAAAUUAAAAUUUUUAUAUUGAAUAAAGCAGGGGUUGUGCAGCAUCAUUCAAAAUGUAUUUAUAAUGGAUCAUUUAAUUUUGUUUCUUGUGAGAUAUAUAUUUACACUAAUUGUCAUAAUUAUUUAUUAUAUUUAAAAUCAUGUCUAUAUUGUGCAAAACUAAAUCAGUUUAUCAUAAUGAUAAUGAAAAGGAUGUUUUUAGUCUAUGCAAAACUAAAAAGGAUACAUUAUUAAAAUACAUGAAUUAGUAAAGAUAUUUUUUAUAUAAGGUUGUUGUCUUCAAACCACUUGCCCCUCACCGCUGUGGGUUCGAAUCCCGACAGGGACUUUGGAUUCAUUCAUGUGAGCUAGCUAUCCAGCUAGCUUACGGAACGUUGAUGGUUCUACUCAGGUGCAGGUAUUACAUCUACUUACUCUAAGGGGCGUCUGUGGCCGAGUGGCUAAGGUUUUUGACUUCAAACCACUUGCCCCUCACCGCUGUGGGUUCGAAUCCCGACAGGGACUUCCGAGUGGUUAAGGUUGUUGACUUCAAACCACUGGCCCCUCACCGCUGUGGGUUCGAAUCCCGACAGGGACUUUGGAUUCUUUCAUAUGAGGAAGCUAUCCAGCUAGCUUACGGAACGUCGGUGGUUCUACUCAGGUGCCUGUUCGUGCCUGAAAUAAUUCACGGAAGGGCACCUGAGGUCUUCCUCCACCAGUAAAGCUGGAACAUCGCCAAAUGACCUAUAUGUCGGUGUGACGUAAAACCCUCACAAACAAACUUUUUAUACAAAAAAGUAGCAACAAGCCUAUAGGAAAAUUAACUUUAAGGUCAAAUAAAGUUUAUGUAGCUGUAAAACUAUGCUGAGCAGUCCAUGGCCAUAUGGUGGUCAAGGCCCAUUUAGUUUUCUCAUUGUUUUCAAUAUUUGAAAAGUUAUACUUGUACAAUCACUCAAGCUGUUUUCUGCAGUAACCUCAUCAUUUUGUUUCUUGAAGUUAUUCAAUUCUGUUACUACUUGUUUCGAUAGUGCAAAAAAGCCACCCAUCUGUAAACCUUGCUAUUAUAAAUUUAUUGUUAUACAUGUACAAAUAUAUGAAAUACAAAUAAACUUGGGUAAAUGUUGUAGAACUUUAGUCUAUGCAAGAGAUGAUAACUUGUUUUUAAAUAAGAUUGUGGUAUGAUUGUUUGCUAUAUCUUUAUUUUUUGUACAUAUCAACUGAUGAUAUUGUGAUACAUUUAUUUUACAUUUUAUAAACAGUAUACUCAUAUUUUGGUAAUAAAAAUGAUUUUCUCCCAGUU